CUAAACUAGAGCGACUAGCUCGUCCGUCUUCUUCCUCCUACCUCCACCAACCUCGCCGGUGGUGGCCGGAGCCGGGAACCGGAGGCGAUGGGGCACGGGCUGAGCUGCAGCCGCGACGGCGACGAGCACGACUUCUUCCGGGCGGCGCAGGCAGGCGAUGUUGACGCCCUGGAGGGCCUCCUCGCCGCCGACCCGGCGCUCGCCCGCCGUGCCACCAUCUACGACCGCCUCACCGCGCUCCACGUCGCGGCCGCCAACGGCUCCCUCCCGGUCGUGUCCAUGUUCCUCGCCCGCGGGGUGCGGCCGGACGUGCUGAGCCGGAGCAAGCAGACGCCGCUCAUGCUCGCCGCCAUGCACGGCAACAUCGACUGCGCGCUCGCCCUCCUCGCCGCCGGCGCCAAUAUUCUGAUGUUCGACUCGGUGCAAGCGAGGACCUGCCUCCACCACGCGGCCUACUACGGCCACGCCGACUGCCUGCGCGCCAUCCUCGCCGCCGCGCGCACCGCGCAGGUCGCCGCCUCCUGGGGCUUCGCGCGCUUCGUGAACGUGCGGGACGAGCACGGCGCCACGCCGCUGCACCUCGCGGCGAGGCAGGGCCGGCCCGAGUGCGUGCACCUGCUGCUGGAGAGCGGCGCCAUCGUGUCGGCCCCCACGGGGUCCUACGGCUUCCCCGGGAGCACGGCGCUGCACCUGGCGGCGCGCGGCGGGAACAUGGGGUGCGUCCGGGAGCUGCUGGCCUGGGGCGCGGACCGCGUGCGGCGGGACUCGGCCGGGCGGAUCGCGUACGCGGUGGCGCUCAAGCGCGGCCACGGCGCGUGCGCGGCGCUGCUGGACCCGGCGGCGGCCGAGCCCAUGGUGUGGCCGUCCCCGCUCAAGUUCAUCGGCGAGCUGGAGGCGGACGCGAGGGCGCUGCUCGAGGCCGCGCUCGCCGAGGCCAACAGGGAGCGCGAGAAGAAGAUCUUUCUCAAAGGCUCGCCGCCGUCACCGUCCUCAUCCUCCGACGACGCCGGCGCUGUGGACGACGACGGCGACGACGAGGGCGUCGAGGUGUGCAGCAUCUGCUUCGAGCAGGCGUGCACCAUCGAGGUGCAGGACUGCGGGCACCAGAUGUGCGCGGCGUGCACGCUGGCGCUCUGCUGCCACAGCAAGCCCAACCCGACGACGCUCACGCUGCUGCCGCCGGCGUGCCCCUUCUGCCGCAGCUGCAUCUCCCGGCUUGUCGUGGCCGACACCAAGGCCAAGGGACCGGCGGCGGCGGUCGUCGGCGACGAGAAGGCGGUGUCGUCCCCAAGGCUGAGCCGGCGGCGGUCGAGGAGGUCCCGCGAGGGGAGCAGCAGCUUCAAAGGGCUCUCAUCAGCCAUGGGGUCUCUGUCCAGCAAGAUUGGCCGUGGCUCCGGCAGGCUGGCCGGCGACAGCGCGUUCCUGGACAAGCUUGAGCAUGAUCUCCCGUGACAACACAACAGGGCAGAGCAGCAGAGCUGCCGCCAAAAAAGUUUUGAACAUCUAUGGUGAUCUAUCAAAUCAAGGUUAAAAUAAGUUAUAUUGCUGGGAGAGUAUGAUUUACACUAGUUGGGUUAGGAAAUUGAAUUGCCAUUCUUGCAGAAUUGCACUACGGAUAUAUUUUUUGGUUUGCCAUGUUU